CUAAGCAGAAAGCCAGUAUCAUUGUACUCUCAAAAAUCUUUCUUGUUGGCUAUUGAAAAAAGUUGCAAGAUAUGAAGCUUAAUACCCUAAUUCUCGGAGCACUUUUGUGUGCUUUCCUUUUUCUUGCUCUAGCAGUUGAUGAGAAGAAAUCUCAAGAUGACACUAAAGCAGCAAAUGAAGGCCAGUUAAAUGCUGCAAAACAAGGCUAUGGUGGUGGCGGUGGAGGCAGCGGCUACGGAGGAAGCGGUCACGGAGGUGGUAGCUAUGGAGGAGGAGGCGGUCACGGUGGCGGCAGCUACGGAGGAGGUGGUCAUGGUGGUGGCAGCUAUGGCGGUGGGGGCCACGGAAGCGGCGGUCAUGGAGGCCGGGGCCACGGUGGAGGGUGCAGAUACGGAUGCUGCGGUGGAUAUGGGAGAGGAGGAAGCUGCACAAGCUGUUGCAGAACUGCUCAAGAAUCUCUGGAAGCCAAUAACCCUUAAAUAAAUGAAGAACUUCAACUUCAAAGUACUCCAUCCACCAGUCGUAAUUUAGUCCAUAAUAAAGAAAAUAAGUACGUACGUUUUUGGAGUUCUACCUUUAGGCCUUAGCCUAAUGCAGGUUGCAUCAUGCAUGCAUGUGUUAUGUGUACUGGAAAUGAUGUACUAGCAAAUAUGAAAUAAAUAUCAGUGUUUUAUUUUCUCCAA